AUGGUAGAUAUGGGAGGUGAAUAUAUAGUCAUAAGUGAUGCUUCUGGCAGGAGACAUGGAUUUGUGGGCAAAGUUAACAACAUACACAUCAAUAAUCCGUUGUUUUUGGAAGAAGGAGAUAACUGUGCAGAAGCGCUGGAUCUUUACCAACAGUGUCUUGGCAGCUUAUUGAUCCUGUUAGCUGAUGAGCCACAGGGGCGAAGACGAGAACUUCUCCAUGGUGAGAUUCAAAACCUCAUGAACAGGGCAGAAUACCUGAAGGAGCAGCUAAAGAUAAGAGAAACACAGCAAGAUGCCAUAUCUAUGGACCGGGAUCAUUUUUCAGAGUCUGUCAAAGGAUCAUGUCUACUCCAGUGACAUUUUGGAAUUUACUGACAGGAGGCACUUUUUCAACUUUUGCAUGCCAACAAAUGGGAAUGUUGAAGAUGAGGACUUCUUUCCCUACAAAAAAGUCAUGCUGUCUCCAAUUCCUUGUUGUGUGUUUUAAUUUAAUAAAUGUGCUAGACUUUAAAAAGGUAUUUAUUAUAUAUGUAUGAAUGGUAGUUUCAAGUUUGGGGGAGAAGAAUGGAUGGACAUAAUGAAGGCUAGUAACAGAAUCUUUGCACUAUACCAACUUCUGUUGGCAUAAACUUAAUCAGAGCCAGUAAUUCUGCCUUCUUGUACACUGUAUAGGUUUGUAUAGCAUUUGGACUUCUAGCUCUUUAUGUUAACAUUUCAGUUUUUCUUUUUCUUUCUUUUUUUUUUUUUACUUUAUAUAUAAGGAUAGUAGGCCACAUUUGCUCUUUGACUGUUCACAUUUUUAAAAUGUGUUUGCCUUAACUUUAACCAUGGUUAAUGAUGACUCUCUGAUUUUUCCCCCUCAUAUAAUGAGCACCAAGGGAACUUUACUAACAACUGCUAAAUGCUUAAAAAAAACACUGUAAAAAAGAUGGAUGUUAGGUUGUAAUAAGAGUGAGAUGAGAUCUACUGUAACCAUAAUCUGGUUUCUAUCUUUGGAUUAAGCUGUCAUUCCGGCAAGCAACUCGUGAAUUACUGACACAUUUGUGAAAAUCUUAUGCAACGUGAUGGGGGUGGAGAUGGGUUAGAAAAAUGUAGAACUACUGUUUAGCACUUAAAAUAUGGAUUUAGGGUAAUACAUGGGGGACAGGUGUCCAGUGAGCAUGCAUGCUCAGAGCUCUUAUGUUUAUAAUAGGGAGGUAGAAUCUUUUCAUGCAUAUGUUAGUGCAAUAGCUUGUAAUCCUUCUGGGUGUCUGUUCUUCCUGAUUAUACCCAAAUAUGUUAUGUGCAGAUUUUGAAAGCUAAAGGAAACAAAACUAAUCUGGUUUAAGGUGGCUUCAUGUCAUAGUGGGAUGGAACCUUGACUAUGCCCCAUAUGAGCUUGGUUUGAUUACUAUCCUAGAUAGUGGAAUAGCCGUUUAAAUGAGAUGGGAGUGAGCGCCCAAUGCCAACUCACCCAUCCUAAAUGCAGGGUAUAGGAGACUUCCCAACUCAGCUGCUCCACCCUAUGGAAGACUAUGUACUGCAGUUUAUAAUGUGGAACAUGGGAAGUGUGGGGUGACCAAUGAGGACAUAUGCACUGUAGCUGGAUAUUACAAGUAUGCAGAGACGCUUAUUAUUCUUAGGUCCAGCAUAGUGGUCAUUGUACUGCACUUCCCAGCCAGCUGGGCGACGUGUUAAGAUUGCAUUAAAAAAAUCCCCUAACUCUUGCUUGGAUGCUGGUCAUGGUGGCAGUCUUUUACCCCUCUCCUGGGAAUCUUGAAUUGCAAGGGGAAUAGUGCCAGUACGGAAUAAGGGUUUGAUGGCAAAUGUGUGUGGGUGUGUGGGGGGGGGGUGUAGAGACAGAAGCAAAAAUCAAUGUUUAAAAAUAUGUAAUGACCUAUUUCAGUGUACUUUCAUUUGAAGAUUUUGUAAAUUCAGCACAACGUUUUGUGAAUGGACACAGAGUUUAAAAUAAAGUAAUAGCAAGCUC